AUGUCAUUUUAUAUUUUUUUCAAACUCUCGAACGCCGGGCAUCAUGACUACUCCUGUAUUUGCAGUCUUUGUUAUAUUGGCGCGUUUUCCCGCCAUUAUUGGAGAAUCGUCUAAUAUCAGCAGCGUCACACAAGCGCACUGUAAGUACUCUGAUAUUAGACAGGAACUGGAUGCAGUCCGACAGUUACUUAACCAAGAAACCUUAAUCAGAAUGUUGCUGGAAAAGACGCUGAAGAGUUUGGUGAAAGAGGUUGAAGAAUGGAAGAGAAAUGACGGUGUACUCGAAGUGGUUACUCCUAACCUGACUACUGAAGCAGGACCCAAGGGAAAUCCAACAUACGUGAGAUGGGGUAGAAAAUCCUGCAACAAGGAGUCAAAGUUAAUUUAUUCUGGUCAAGCAGGAGGAACAUUGUACACGUUAAAGGGAGGGGCCGCUAAUCCGUUAUGCUUAACAUUCGACGUUUUGUGGGGAAAUCGAUCCACUGCUUCUGAAUAUGGACAACUGUACGGUGCCGAGUAUGAAACGGAUUUCUGGGGAUCAAACUAUGAUGAUAAAGAUGUUCCUUGCGCCGUCUGCCAACUAAAAACACGAAAGCAUAUCAUCAUGAUUCCAGGGCGGAAUAGAUGUCUACCCGGCUGGAUGGAGGAAUACCACGGGUAUCUAGCAUCGUCAAAGAUCAAAAAAGACAGAUCAAGGGGAUUUUAUACGUGUGUCGAUGAAGGGGCUGAACUGCUGAUGGGAGGAGGAAGAAAUGACAAUGGAUAUCUAUUUUACGGUGUGGAAGCCAAAUGUGGAAGCUUGAAAUGUCCACCAUAUAUCGACCAUAAACCGAUCACGUGCGUUGUAUGUUCGCAAUAAUCUGCAAAGUCAAUACUUGUAUUGUCUGGGUAAAAAAACCCAGAAAUGUGUGAUUAACAAAGCUUGCCAAUAAUAAAACUCCUCACUUUCA